UUAGUUCCUUGGUGGUUCUUCGGGCAACAUUUCUCUGCUUGGAUGACGGCUGACCUCUGACCUCAGAAGUCCAACUUGAUAGUCUGCUUCCUGGUGUAAACUAUCAACAGACAGACCAACGCAUCCGCCUGAGAAGCAGGAUGUCUGAACAACCAGCUUUCCCCCAUACGUCCUUCCUGUUGCUUUGCAUUCUGGGUAUGACUUUGGUGACAUCCGGCUUCCCUCAGCCUCGACUACCUCUCAGACGUACUGACGACUCAGAGGAACCUAAGCGAGACGACUGGGAUGUCCUCUUCCCCUCCAUCUCUCUCCGUGAUUGGAGCAUUCAAAUGAUGUCAGCGCCCAGCCUCGGAGCAGCAGCCGACAGCAAGGCGGGAGUGAUGAGGGAGGCGUGGCUCUUUGCCCCAGAGAGGGCAGCGGCGAGCAUGGAGAGAGCGUGGCCUGCUGAGUGGUCGUCUCAGGGAGCCGGGAUGGUGAAGAGGAACAUGGUGGUGGCUGAUGAUGCCGCCUUCAGAGAGAAGAGUAAGCUGCUCACCUCCAUGGAGAGGCAGAAGUGGCUCAACUCCUACAUGCAGAAACUGUUAGUGGUUAAUUCUUCAUGAUGAUUUAGUCUUUACAGUCCUUUUCCCAUUAAAUGGAACCACUCUCUGAAGCGUACACUGGCAAAAAGCCUUUUACAGGGAUACACCAAGUCUCUGCGUGAUUGCUCAGUCAGUCAACUUACAAGACAAGAAGAUUGGGUAGACAUUAAAACUAACUUCUGUAUCAUUAGUGCUUCAGUCUAGCCUCUGAAAUUUAAAUUCUGUUUCAAUUUCUUGUGGUACUUUCACUAUUUUAUUCCAAUCCUCCUGAUUUCCCAAAGGAUGGUUACACAAACACUUGGUGUUAUUCAAUUUGAUGAAUAAAUAAAGACGCAGAAAAUGUUUCCAAUCAC